CCUUAGCUUUCGUACGUGUUUCACCGUGAGAAUCGUUUCAGUCAUGGCUACCGACUUUUACAGUGUUAUGCGAACGAAGUUUAAUGUUUAAACAGCUAAUUAUUAACAGUUUUUUUCGAUGAAAAUGAUGUAACUUAGAGGAUACCAAAAUGGCGCAGAUGAACCCGACAACAAUAAAAUCUUGGCUGCAACGAGGUGAUCUCGAGAAAUUAGAGCAUGUUGUUCUGGAAGGACGUGGAGCACGUCUGUUAGGUGAACAUUCUCCGGAUCUCAGAACUAGAGUCUUCCUAAAAGGACUCCCAAACUAUUUGACAAAAAUCUCUCAAGUGCACGACGCGGUUUCACGUGGUUCUUUAGCGGAAACACAGAAAUACAUAUCAGAGGCACCUAAAAAGAAGUUGGCUAUAGCGAAAGAUCCAGCUGGAACUCCUUUGCUCCAUAAAGCAGUUUGCCACGAUCAACAGGACAUUGUCGAAUGGCUCGUGCAAAAUUAUCCUAUUACCGUUCAACAGAAAGAUAGAGAAGGUAGAACAGCGUUGCAUUACUGCGCUGCUUGCAAGGAUCCCGAUGCAAUUUGGGAUGUUCUCAUAAAAAACGACUGCGACGCGAGUAUCUGCGAUAAAAAGGGCAAUCCUGCUGCUUACUAUCUGAAACAUAGCUCAGAAUUAGAGUUACCGGAAGCAGAGAGCAUGUCUCGCCGGAAGACCAGCACUAGCAAGGAAAGCUUAGAUUUCAAACCUUCCAAUAUAAGAAUAUGGAUUCACAAUCGAGACAUUGGGAAAUUACAACAGGUUCUAUGGGAAGGCCAUGGGAACAAGUUGCGAAUGGAAACCAGCAACAAUCCUCGUGUAAAAAAAUUUUUGGAAGCUGUGACUUUCAUAAUGGGUACCGUAAAAGAUAUUCACACAACUACGAUAAACAAUGAUUUAGAAGGACUCAGAAGUAAAGUUGACGCUACUUCGCCCAUAGUUCUCCGUGGCAAAGACAGUAAUGGUUUAAAUGUACUGCACAAGGCUGCUGGACUGGGAUUCACGGAAAUUGUACGAGAAAUCCUCGAGAGACAUUCGUCUGUCGUGGAAGCACAAGAUAACGAUGGAAAGACACCAUUGCAUUAUGCAGCUGCAGCGAAGGACGAUGGAGUUUUGUAUAAUUUGUUAACAGAGUAUGGAGCUGACGAAAGUAAAUUAGAUCACAGACAAAAAGCCCCAGCUUUCUACAAAAAUCGACCGUCAGACAUAGAUCAGUCGCUGCUGACGGUGAUACCGGAAGCGCCUCGAGUUUCUGGAACCGCGUAUCCCAAGCACUGGGACUGGAGGAUUCUUGAAGCCGAAGAAUCCAUAUCGAGAGGAAUGAAGAAAGUUAGCAGCGCAGAUAUAGAUAGUGCAUUUGGCAGCGCAGAAUCAACGACGAAGAAUUUCAGUAGAUCCAUGGAACAGAUAAAGAAUGUCGAAGAAGAUCACCACAAGGACCAAGAAGAAACCGCAGAAAAUGCAGAAAAUACCGAAACCACAGAAGAUGCUAAAAACACAAACAAAGAGGACACUGAGAACACAGAGCAUGCAGAGAGCGCAGAGAAUCCGGAAGACUCGAAAGAAGCAGAAAGUGCUGAGGACAAGGAAGAAGAGACUGCUCACGAAGCAGAACCUGAAGAAACAGAGGAAAGGACCUCGGAUGAUGACGUGGUAACAGGUACAGAGGCUCGAGAAGCUGAAGAACAUCCUAAAUCUGAGACGGAAGACGAAGAAGAGAAACCGGAGGAAGAAGAAGGUGAGAAUAAACCAGAAGAAGAAGAGAACGAAGGAGAAGAAGAAGAGAAGGAAGCCGCUGAACAUCACGAGGAGGAGAAUAAAGUGGAGCAAGAGGAGAGAAACGAGCCAAGCACAGGCGAUUCUGGUGUCGACGAUCCAGGAAACGACGAAGAUCAGCAGGUGAUCGUCGGGGAACACGAGGAACUUCCAGAGGCAGAGCUGAACGAGGCAAGCAUGACGGCGGAUCCGGAGAUCGAGAAGAUGCUGGAGACUGGGAAUAUGGAGCAAUUGGCAGCUCUGGUGCUGAACGGAGAGGGAAGAAGAUUGGUCGGACGACAUUCGGGGAAUCCUGAGCUGCAGGCGUUCAUCGAUCGCGUACCUUCUUACAUGGGAAAAAUCCAUGCAGUGCACAUGGCAGCGCGAGAGGGGAACCUGAGGGAUCUACAGAGCGCCCUAGAUCGUCGUAAAUUUGCAGUUGCGAGAGAUGGAUCAUCGCCUCACAAUGCUACACCCCUUCACGUAGCAGUAGUAUUUGGAAACACCACUAUUAUCAGAUAUCUGGCAGGCAGGUUUCCAGAAACUGCUCACGCAAUCGAUCUCGAUGGACGAACCCCUUUACACUAUGCGGCCACCCUCGCAGACAACGGCCAUUAUUACAAUCUUCUUCUUCACCUGGGUGCCAAUCCUUUAGUUCAGGACAAAUUCGGAGAAAAGGCGGAGUAUUACAAGCAAAAUCAAACCGAAUUCUCUCACAAAUCGCUGCUUCGCGAUUUCGGGGCUAACGAGAAGCUCGCAGACGAGAUGCUAACGGACAAAGAUGACCAGCAGGUUGAUAUACCGCUGUUUCGAGAAGAAGAAGGUCGUUACUUGGCAUCGUCUCUCGGCGAUCCAUUGAUCAAAGGUUUAACAGAAGUAGCCAACAACCGUCCAAAUGAUCCGGUUACUUAUCUGGCUACAUAUUUAUACAACUUUGCUAAUAAAAGCAAAAGCAGCCCGCAGGAACAGGAACCCAAUGUGUUAAUUAUUCCUGAUCGACCCGAAGAGAAUAUAGAAAACAUAGAAAAUAAAAAUGCGGACGAGGAUGCUGGCUAUCCUCAAAGUCCAGGUUCCGAUGUGCCAGAAUCAGCGUUUAGUAAUCCUAACAGAGAUGAACAUGGACAAAGCGUGAUCCAUUUCGCUGCCGUUCGAUCUUACGCGAAAGAUGGAUUAUUCCAUCUACUUCAAGAAAGCCAAGUUAACGUUGGUUUCAGAGACGAAUUAUACAGAACAGCUAGAGACGUCGCAGAACUGGCGAAUAUUCGAGAAAACGUCGACGAAAUUGAUCGUUACGUGGCUUACUUAGCAGCAAGAGGUGAAACUGAGAAAUUAGUCGAACUAUUAUUAGAAGGCUACGACCAUAUUUUGGAUAUAGAAGACGAAGGUGUGAACAUCGUAGACAUUGCUGCUGACAGAGGACGAGAAGCAACCGUACAAUUUUUACAAUCUAUUCCGAAUUAUGUGACACAACGUGAAGAAGUGCAUCAAGAGAUUAGAAUGGGUAAUGUAGCAAAGGUGAAAGAAUUGUUGAGUAAAAAUAAUGGAGGAGGGAAACUAUUAGCGAUGGGAAAGAACUCGAUGAGCAGAUGUGCUCUUCACAUUGCUGUGCUUCGUGAAAACGAAGAAAUGGUUGGAUACAUUGCGAAAACGUAUCCAGAAACUCUACGUAUUGGUGACAAUUUGGACAGAACUGCUUUACAUUAUGCAAUGGGUUUACCAUUGGUUGAAGAGUUAAGCACUACUCUUAUAAAAACGGGUGCAAAACGCAUAACUAAAGAUUUAAAAUCACGACAACCCUCUUACUAUUUUAUGAACAAGUCAGAUAUCGAGAGACUUCAGGAAGAAGAAGACAGUUUGAUCCAAUAG